UUCGUUCACACGUCAAACUCGUCGUCAGCCUGUUGUUGCUCCUCGUCCUGCCUCCCACCUUCCGUCCGUUUCCCUUUCUCCCAUUCGCACGCCGCAUCGUGCCCUCAUCCUCCUCCCAGAUCUCGUCGCCCUCGCCAUUCCCCUCCCCUUCCUCGUCCUCGUGGGCGUCGGCGGCGUCCUCGCUCCCCUCCCUUCCCGAGAGGAGGACUGCCGCGGGGUGGGGCGGCGAGGAGAUCCGUCCGGAGAGGGCUGCGGCAUCGAUCAGCUUCUUCUCUUGUUGGAUUUCUCGCGGGACGUUUAGGCUCGCUCCCUGGCGCGGAGGCAGCACCGGCUCGGUGGCGCCGGUGGCGAGAUGAAGGGCGGGGGCAUCCCUGCCGCGGUGGUGAUCAUGCCCUCGCCCCUCUUCCUCUGGCGGUUCAAGGCUGUAUUGUUUCUCCUAUGGGGCUUAUGUUGUUGCAAGAUAGGUUGGGAUUCAGUUAUGAGAAUGAGUGCUGAUCUUCGAGACUUAUUUCUUUAUGAGGCUUUCUUAUACUACAAUCCUCUUCUUCUUGUGGCCUUGAUGAUUUGGUUAUGGGGAGUAAAUUUAUGGGUCUUUGCGCAAUCAUCAGUCAAUUAUGCAAAAGUGUUCGAUCUUGCACAAACACAUUUAUCGCACCAAGAGAUAUGGAGGUGCGCUACUUGGCUGACUUUAAUUGUUCCCACAAGCAUGACAGCUUACCUAUAUCUGUACUCACAUGGAGAAGUAUCUCUUGCUGCAUCUCAACCAGUUCUUUUGUAUGCUGUCCUUCUGAUAAUCCUUCUUUCUCCUUUCGAUAUGUUUUACUUAUCAUCACGCUUUUACUUUCUACGGACAGUGUGGCGUAUAAUACUUCCAUUACAAGCAAUUACAUUCCCUGACUUCUUUUUGGCUGAUAUCUUUACAUCCAUGUCAAAGGUGUUCUCGGAUUUGGAGCGUUCAGUUUGUCGCAUGGUGAAUCGACAGGUUGCAACGAUCGCUUGGUUUGAAGCAGAUUCUAUUUGUGGUAGUCACUCCAUAGCUAUCCCUCUUGUUCUCGUGUUCCCUUAUUUGUGCCGUUUCUUCCAAUGUGUCCGACAAUACAAGGAUACAAAGGAGAAGACAUGUCUUUUGAAUGCCCUCAAGUACUCAACAGCAGUUCCAGUGAUUUUCCUUUCGGCUCUCAAGUAUCAUGUAUUUCCUGAGCAUUGGGUUAGCUUUUACCGGCCUCUCUGGCUUUUCUCUAGUGUUAUAAAUUCACUGUAUUCCUUCUACUGGGAUAUAAAGCGAGAUUGGGAUUUGAGCAUCCUAACCAGGAUUUUCAUGUUCAAAAACCCAAGCAUAUGGACUAACCUUCUUUAUGGGCAGAACUGGGUGUACUACUGGGUGCUGGGUAGCAAUUUAGUUCUGCGAUGUACAUGGACAUACAAGCUUUCGGCACAUCUUCGGCACAACUACCUGACAUUGUUUACCAUUGCAGCACUGGAAAUAGUCAGACGGUUCCAGUGGGUGUUUUUCCGAGUCGAGAACGAAUGGAGCAAGAUGACAGCCAAGCAAAACUUGGAAAUGUCAUCUGACAUGCCUUCGGAAGGAGACAGGCUACUGGAUUCUAGUAAUCAUACAGUAUGAAACAGCAACUGUCCAUUUUGCGAUCCUGAUUCAAUCUCAUUCUUUUAGUGUGACCCUUAUAGUCCAUUUUACAUCGAUGGUUCUGAUUUUGUCCGUAGAGCUCAAAAGGUCAGGGAUACAUGAUAGGUUUCUAUAAAAGUUUGAAAUUGUUGGCGCCACGUAUGUAAUCCUCUUGGAGAUGUAUACUAUUAUAAAAGGUCAGGAGGUAUUUGUUGACACAUGAAAGAAUAAAAGUAAUGCCGAAAUUUUACGUCCUUA